AUGCCAGUAGUACGACAAGGAUAUAGUCCACGUGUGAGCCGCAACGUUAUGCAUGGAGUGCCAACCACCUCCUUGUCCUCCUCUCUCAACAGCAAAGAACCCAACAGUGGGAUACGCAGAGCCACCAUCCACACAACUAGAGUAAGUAGUGAGGAUUACUCUUCUUCUUCUUAUCAUCAUCCACAACAAAGUCAACAGGAAAUAGAGAGAAUGAAUAGAACCACGCCGUUAUUACAACAGCCACGGGCAGCGGAGAGUCCACGAAGUGUGGCGUACAGCAGCGGACCGUCCACCGCCCGCACAGCUCCACACACUGCAGCCCCAACAACAACAACUACGACUACUUCUACUUCUACUACAUUAGCAGCUAUGAAGUUAACGAGAAGGAAAGGACAGAAGAAAUCUCAUUCUUCACACUUAACAACAUCACAACAACCACAACAACAUUCAUCAACAACAUCAUCACCAUCGCAACAAGAAAAGCAACAACAAAGAGAAAAAGAAGAACGAUAUGAUGAUGUACGAAGACGUGCACAACCCACAAGAGUAAGUGAUGAGCCGCAGUUAAAACUCCGCAUGCAACGAGAUCACAUCUCUGUAGAGGCGGAUGAGGCGAAUUCACCACCGCAAUUACUCCUCGCGCAGGAUCUCCGCGCUGAACGGGUACGUUUAGAACGUUUACAACCCAAACACUCUCCACGUUCAAAUAUAAAUACCAACCGUUCUCUUAUUAGAAAAUCUACUACUACUAAUAAUACUAAUAAUACUAAUAAUAAUAAUAAUAAUAAUAAUAAUAAUAAUAGUACUGCCGUUGCGGUAAGUGGAAGAGAUGAUGUGUAUGAAGAAUAUAGAAAUGAAGAUCCAAUGAGACAACAACAACAUAAUUAUUCACAUGAUGAUCAUGAGGAGGAAAGUAGUGAUGUUGGACGAUUACGUUAUUCCCAAGGAGGCAAUACCACCGUUGUGUUAAGUGAAUAUGGGAGUUGUGAUCAUACUUAUCCGGAUCCACACUUCUUAGAGAGUCGUUCCCCUAGUGCUCGCCGUACACAUGGGCCUGUCGUAACAGAAGCCUGGGCUCGAAGUAUAGUAAAACCACAGGAUGAAUAUUUAUUAUAUGAUCGAUAUACUCGACCAGGUACAGUUCAGAAUUAUGAAACGUUAAUACGUCGUCGACAAGCAAUAUUAAUGCGAGAACGUAGUCGUCAAGGGAGUAAUGGACGAUUACGUUCAUUAGAACCACGCCAUAGUAUACGGAACUCUAUAAGUGUGAGAUCUGUUUCUAUGCCUUCAUCUGUACGUUCACAUCCAAGUGAAUCGCGAUAUACCACACUAGCAACUUCUAUGGAUCCAAUGGAAGAAAUGAUGGAUGUUGUGGAUUCCACACGAACUCGUACGGUAUUAAUGAAUGAACGACAAAUCAUUGCACGUGGGACACCACUCUUCUUUAGACAACCACGUACACGAUUAUUUGCUCUAGAUGGAAACAACAAUUAUAAUUAUAAUAAUAGUAGUAGUAAUAAUAAUAAUAAUAAUAAUAAUAAUAAUAAUAAUAACGGUAUGAGUUUAUUCAAUAAUAAUGCGAAUAUGAAUAGCAGUGAUGGUCUACAGAAGGGUUCCAUGAUGUCUCUCAGUGGUCAUUCUAAUACAAUUCCUCCUGGAAUGGAAUUACAUCCAACCCUUCUACUCAAUCGACGCUCGGAUAACGAUAUAAUGGUUUCUUCUAUUCUUCUUAACAGCUUCUUAAGACAAGAUCGUCCACCUGCAGUUACUACUACUACUACUACUACUACUAAUAAUAAUAAUAAUACAGGAGAAAAUGCUGUUGGAAAUGGUACACUGCCAUUAUCAUCCUCCUUAACUGGUAGCACGAACAAGAGACCAUUACUACCUUCACAUGUUCAUCCACUCUCUACAAUGAAUACAGGAGAUUUAUCUAUGGAACUUCUUUCCGUCGUUCAUGAGUCCCCUAUUGUGAAUAGGAAUCACCAAGUAGAAGUAGAAGAAGAAGAAGUAGUAGUAGAAAGAAAACUUCUUAGCCAUAAUGAAAAGAUUGAGAAAUCACCACUGCCAUCCAUAUCCCCAUCCUCAGUAUCACAACAACAAUCACAACAGCGACAACAAUCGAGAUCCCCAUCCUCUUUGCUUCUUCUGGAUAUGGAUACGGAAAAGGUAGAGGAACUUCUCUCUAAUCCACUCUUUACAUUACGUAGUGAUGAGAACUUUGAACGACUUCUUCUUACGCAAGCAGAACAUGAAGCCCGAGAAGUAUUACAACGACAACAUGCCACAUCUAUUGAACUCGGUUACUCCGUUCUCUCUGUUGGUGAAGCGAAAAAGGAUGAGAAAGUGAAACCUCGUAUGCAUGAAGUAUUUGUCGGUACUCUUUCACUAAAAACACAACCAACUAAAAUGAUAAAUCAUGAGUCUAUUAUUAUAGAAACACCAGAAAAACCAUUAGAGAAGAUUUUCUCAACCCCUAUUAAAGGUCAUAAUAUACUACAACCUACUGUACUCGUACCACCAACAGAAACAACAAAAACAACAAUAUCUACUAAUAGUAUGAUGGGAGAACGGGAUAAGAAGAGUAUUAUAGGCCCUACACGGCAUAUUCUUCUUAGUACACCUUCACAUGGUAAUAAAUCCAUUGGAAUUGGAAGUACACCACCUCAUACCGAUACUUCUGCUAAACCUCUUGAUAAGAUUCAACAAAACCGUGGAGGGAAUAAAUUAAAGACACGAACAUUAAAACGUGUAACUAAUCAUGAUAUUAGUAGUGUUAGUGUUGGUGGUAAUCGCCAAAGUGUAGAGAAGAAAACUCUUUCAGCGAUACCAGUACCCGCAGAAACACCCCCACGUACACGGAAAAAGAAACAAAUUGGUAAUACUACACCAAUAGAAUCUAGUACGAAAAAGAAGAAAUCUAAAGUGAGACCGAAACCUUUAUAUUAUGAAGAAUAUUUAUCGCCUAUAGAUGUUACGUUGACCUAUCCGAUUACACCAGGAUUAUUAGAUCAAUCCACACAAGAAGGAAAAGAAGAAGAAGAAAAAGAAGAACAACAAGAACAACAACAAGUAGAAGAAGAACAACAUGUAGAAGAACGAGAAUCAUCGCUGAUGCGAGAACCGAUACACAUACAAACAGCUUCUGUAGGAGAUGAAACGCCUGAUAUCACACCAUUAAGAAAUGGUGAGAUGUUAGAAUCCCCAACACCUGUGAGAGUAUCUGAACAUUCACGUGGAAGAGAUGCGAAUAAUGCCUCUUGGAAUAUUGCAUACCCCACAGCGGAAUCCUUAUCAAGAAAUUCAUCUGCAUCCCGAUCCCCACUACGUCGUUUAAUGCGAGAUGAAAUGUCUUCAAAGAGUGUUCUUCCGUUAGAAUCAUCAUCCCAUAAUGUAAAUGAUAUAAACUCUUCCAAAACACUAUCCUCAUUCAGUACAAAUUCCUUAACCCCCACGGCUCUUGCAGCGACUGUAGUAACUCCAGCAAGUCGUGUUGGAAUGGCACAAUUAAGUCCAAAGUCUCAUGUUGAACGGCAUGGAUCCACAGCAACUACCACCAGUACAUCCAUCUCCGAUCAUGAAGGUAUAUUGUGUGCAGAUGAAAGUGAUGCGGAACUUAAUGAGUAUUUACAAUUUGCACUACAACAACAACAACAGAAAAAGUCUGGAGGAGGUGUAAAUGAUAUUAAUUUACUCCUUCCUUAUAUUAAACGUACGCUGCGGCAACGACAACCGUUAGAAAAGGAUGCGGCUGGUCAUUCUGUAGAUACUGAGGAACAUAAGGCAAUAGAAUUAAAAACGGUGAAGGCCAAAGUGAAGGAAGGGGAAAAGGAUGAAGUGAAAAAUUACAAUGAGAAUAGAGAAAAAAAAGAAGAAGAAAUAGAAGAAGAAGAAGAAGAUGAUGAGGAUGAUUUGAGUAGUGGGAAUGGAAAUGGAAAUGCGGGUAUUCCAAUAGAAGAUGGUACACAUUAUGUGCAGAAUGUUGCCUGUGUGCUUGCUGCCUUUGGACAGUUAUGGCAAACACCAUUUCACGAUCCUGCACAGCACGAUAAAUUGCCUUUAGCCGUUCAAGCACAGUUAUUAUUAUUUGAUGGUCCUUCAAUUCUACAAGAAGAAGAAGAAGAAGAUGAUGAAGAGUUAGAGGAGGAGGAGGAUAAUGAUAAUAAUAAUAAGAAUAAUGAUAAUAAUAAUGAGGAAGAGGAGGAAUCUGAAGAGAAAAGAACGGGAGUAAGGCCUGCUAGUAGUUCUAGCGAUAUUGGCAACAGCGGAAGUAGUAAUAGUAGUCGUGGAAAGAAGAAUAAGAAUAAUAAUAAUAAUAAUAAUAAUAAUAAUAAUAAUAAUAAUAAUAAUAUGAAAGAGAGAAAAGAGACGAAUAUGAAUAAUGGAGAGAGUGAGGUUAGUAAUGGACGAGAUGUCUGUGUGGUGGCACACGAGUAA